CCUGUUGCCUUGUUAUUGUUUUUGUAACCUCCAAUAUCAUUGCUGGUGUUGUUAUUGCAUCCAUUCGCUGACCGGCAACAGCGCGCCAUUGUUGCUGUUGCUGUUGCUGUUGGCCGCAAUGUUUGUGUUCUUUGCGAGUUUUUUUUCGUAUACUUAUCGCAAAAAAAAAACUCUCAGCCAUCGGACUUCGAGUGCGGCACGUUAGGGUGUUAGUUGGGAGAUAGCGAUUAUACAGUUAAGCGCACAUCGCAAAGGUGCUCGAAGCGAGUGUACGUACGGACGUCGAAGUGGGUUGGCUGGCUAUCAUCAAUUGAGACAUUCGAGUGGCGGAAGAACGCAGGCCACCACCAAAACGAACCGGAAAAUCGGAAAAGCAAAUAGAAAUCGCAGUCGAAAAGUUAGCAACAUCCGCAAAAAAAAAAACGCGUAAUCGAACAAAUAUUAUUUCUUGCCAACAAGAAAUCUGUUUACUUUGAUUUUGUAUAGCUGCCACGGAGAUUAAAUGAAACGUUCCGGCAAAAAUUGUUUUGACAAAAAAUUACCGUAAAAUUAAUCAAACGAGCUGUGCAAAUCGACCCGAGAAAAUCGAAGAGAAAGGAGAAAUAAUUAAAAAAAAUAAAUUCGGUCAGGAGAAAAUUUAUUAGUCGAAGUGAUUUGGUGAAUUGGCGAAUUUGAUGCCAUCGCACAGAAACGAAUUAUUAAAAGUGCAUGCAAAAUAAAAUUAUAAAUUAUGACAGCAUUUGGUUUAUUCCUUUUAUCAAUGUGGGGUUUCGGCCAGGAGAUGCCCGCCACCCGCACCACGCACAUGGUUUCGCGCGCCGACUGGGGUGCGCGCCCAUCAACGCUCGUCGAACACUUCAACGGCCCAGCGCCAUAUGUCAUCAUCCAUCAUUCGUACAUGCCGAGCGCCUGUUACACGUCCGGCGACUGCAUCAAAGCGAUGCGCUCCAUGCAGGAUUUCCAUCAGCAGACGCGCGGUUGGAAUGACAUUGGCUAUAGUUUUGCGAUCGGAGGCGAUGGCUUGAUUUAUGUGGGACGUGGUUUCAAUGUGAUUGGUGCGCAUGCGCCCAAGUACAAUGACAAGAGUGUUGGCAUUGUCCUGAUUGGCGAUUGGCGUACUGAACUGCCCCCACCACAAAUGCUGGAAGCGACCAAAUCGUUGAUCGAAUUUGGCGUAGAAAAAGCUUACAUCCAUCCACAAUACAAGCUGCUGGGGCAUAAGCAGGUGCGUGACACCGAAUGUCCCGGAGCCAGACUGUUUGACGAAAUUUCAUCGUGGCCACAUUUUGUAAUCAAUCCCAACAAUGGAACGGAUAAUGAUAUAUUAAAGUGAGGAGGACGUCGAA